AUGGAGCGGCCCCGUGGCGAACUCGCAAUGCCUCCGCCUGCGAUCAUCCCAGCGCCGCGUCGAAGGCGGUCUGGGCAGGCCAACGUCCCAGCAAAUCCUGGAAUGCCACAGGCGCUGCGCCCGCCGAAUCUGAACGCCGGUGCCCCUCGUUUCGUCCCGCUGCAGCAACAGCAGCAGCAGCCUCGCCUGCAGCGCCCUGGCGCCCUGCAUCCCCGUCGACGUGCCCGCCCUCGAGCGAACACCCCGAAUGAAGAGCCGUCCGAAGAAAGCACAAAAGCCUUCAUGCUUUCGAUGCUCCAGGAGCAGCGCGCCCGUGCAGCCUGUAUUAACCCGGACGGACAGCUGAGAAAGAGGAAGCCGAUCAGCGUCUUCAACCUCGAUACGGACUACUCGAACACGUUGGCCUCGGUGCGUCAUCGUGAAGAAUUGGAACUGCUCGACAGGGUGGCGGCCUGGCAGCAUGGCGACGGUCAGCUUCAGGACGCCAUGCGCCGUCAUAUCAUUCGCUGCUCGACGGAAUGGCUGGAGCGGGUCGAGCACGAGCAGGCUCAGCUGGCCCUAGUCCGUCAGAAAAUGGAGACCCGUCGCAUGCUUCUCAUCAACGACCACAACGCCUUGACCAAGAUUGACGUCCUGAUAAGGACUACUUCGAUGGCCUGCGGC